UCUGUGACAUCACCCCGUCCCGGUGGCACCGCGGGCACCGCCAGGGCCGUGGGUGGCACCGGAGGUGACAGCUCUGCCCCGGCUCUGCCACCUGCGCUGGCACCGAUGGCUUUGCUGGCGCUGCUCGUCCUGCUGGCCCUGGCCGGGCCCGUCUGGGCCUCCUGGGACACCUGCAGAGGCACCUGCGGGCUCCGGCCCUUGGCGUUUGACCACAGCUCUGGUGCUGGCACGUCCCGUGUUGUGGGUGGCACCGGUGUCCAGCCAGGGGCCUGGCCCGGCAUCGUCAGCAUCCAGGCCACCUGGGAGAACGGCACGUGGCACAUGUGCUCGGGUGUCCUCCUCAGCUCCCAGUGGGUGCUCACGGUCGCACACUGCUUCGCCAGGGCCGGGGGCAUCUCCAUGUGGGAGGUGGUGAUGGGGGCCUCAGAUCUCAGCCAGCCGGGCCCCGAGGCUGCGGUGAGACGCAUCCAGAGGCUCCUGGUGCACCAGCACUACGUGGCUGCCACGGCCAGGAACGACAUCGCCCUGCUGGAGCUGGACCAGCCCGUGGAGUGCAGCGACUACAUCCAGCUGGGCUGCGUGCCCGACGCCUCGCUCAGGGUGUCGGAGCUGAAAUCCUGCUACAUCGCCGGCUGGAACUUUGCCAGAGGCAUGGUUCUGCGGGAGUCCAAGGUCCACCUCAUGGACACGGCGCUCUGCAACAGCAGCCGGUGGUACGGGGGGGCCGUUCAUGCUGACAACCUGUGUGCUGGGUACCCGCAGGGCGGCAUCGACACCUGCCAGGGGGACAGCGGGAAUCCCCUCGUCUGCAAAGACAACAGAGCUGACUACUUCUGGCUGGUGGGAAUGAACAGCUGGGGAAGAGGCUGUGACAGAGCCAGGCACCCUGGGAUCUACAGCUCCACUCAGCACUUCUACAACUGGAUCCUCAUCCAGACGGGCCUGAACCCAGCAGACAUAACCAGUUCAGCACCGGAGCCGAACUGCGCCCCGACUCCUAAGCCAGAGGUCACCACAACUUCGGUGGAGACCCCGACGCCAGGGCCAGAACAAGAGGCAGAAACAGAGCCAACACCAGUGCCAGAGCCAACUCCAGAGCUGGUGACGGUGCCAGAGCCAACUCCAGAGCUGGUGACGGUGCCAGAGCCAACUCCAGAGCUGGUGACGGUGCCAGAGCCGACUCCAGAGCUGGUGACGGUGCCAGAGCCGACUCCAGAGCUGGUGACGGUGCCAGAGCCAACUCCAGAGCUGGUGACGGUGCCAGAGCCGACUCCAGAGCUGGUGACGGUGCCAGAGCCGACGGCAGAGCCGACGGCAGAGCCGGAGCUGGUAACCGAGCCAACGCCAGAGGCGACGUCAGUGCCACAGCCAAGCCCAGAGCCAGAGCUGGUGCCGGACCCGACGCCAGUGCCAGUGCCAGAGCCAACACCAGAGACAACGCCAGAGCCAACGACAGAACCGACGACAGAGCCAACACCAGAGCUAAUGCCAGUGCCGAUGCCAGAGCCAACGCCAGUGCCAGAGCCGACACCACCGCCAGAGCCGAUGCCAGAACCAGAGCAGGAGCCAGAGUCGGUGCCCGAGCCGGAGCCAGAGCUGGUGCCAGAGCCAUCACCCGAGCCAGCCAUCCCCCUGAUGCCCGAGGAUCCGGUGCCACCACCGGCACCGGCACCGGACCGGCUUCUGCUGAUCUCGGUGCCGUACCAGAGCCUGGUGCAGUUCUGUAAACUGCUCAGGGAUUUCCUGCAGUUCCUCAGGGACCAGCUGGGCUGACCGCAGCAGGAGCGGACGCAGCUCCGGCUGCAGAAGGCGUCCGGCUGCCGAACGCGGCCCCGGCCCGUUCCGCUCCCGGCUCCAUCGCCACCGCGGGGCCCGGGGCGGCCGCAGCCCCGGGGCCGCUCCGUCCCUGCCGCCCCUCCCGUGCCGCCCCCCGUGCCGCAGUUCCGUUCGCUGUUGAAAUAACGCUGUUCGUGCUCCCCAGCA